AUGGGCACAGCCAUCUCUUUCGUCAAUAGUUCGGAAGAGUCGCAACUUUUGGAAGUGGCCAAUCUCCUCUUGCAAAAGGCUGCUUUCAAUCCUCAAUCUGAUCAGCCUAGCAAAUCAGCUGUCGAUUUAAUCUUCCGACCUUAUCAGUUUCGUUUGUCAGAAGUGGACGGAUUUCGGUAUCGAGCACUGGACAUUGUUGGUAAAAUAACUCGCAAGCGGAUCCGUGAAGCGCGUCUGAAAGAAAUCAAGCUAGAGUUGAUGAACUCCGAGCGCUUAAAGAGUUACUUUGAGGAUCAUUCAGCUGAUAUGGAUGCCCUGCGACACGAUAAGCCCCUUUCUUCAUUGCAGCAGACUCAUCUUAAGGAUGUUCCGGAGUAUAUGGACAACUCUCCAUCGAACUCAAAGAUUUAA